AUGAAGUCGAAAAAUAAUGCUCCUGCACCUUCUAGGAGGUCGACUCGUCACAACGGUAGCACUAAAACACCAUCCAACACCGUUAAUUCCAACAUGUCUGGUGAGAACCAACAACUUGUUCAAACCAUGGAGACCCGAGUGGUCACAACUGAAGUUGGUGGACAAAAAGAUAUAGAAGUUGGCCCAUCUCCUUCGGCUUCAAAAUCUCCAAAGAAGAAUAAGAAGUCAAAGGUCCAAGUUGAACCCUCAAAGGCAAAGAAGCUAAAGAAAUAUGCUCUUAUCGUUGAACCGGUUGUGGUUCAUACCUCUUCUCCCAAGGCUGGAGGAGAAUCGUCACCAGAUUCACAUGGGGUUAAUGAUUCUGUUGAAAAGGAAAUUGAAGAAGGAAAUGUGGACAGUGAAGUGAACGGGAUUAGGACAAUCAAGCAACCUUUGUCUGAUUUUGAAGACGUGGCUCCGCAAGUGACACGUGGAGUUGUUCUGGCUGUUGAUCUCAAAGGGUGA